ACUAAAAGUCGAUUAUUCGAUUAAUCGCAAAUCGACUUACCCAUCCCUAGUACAAGGAGAGAAUAAAUUAAAAAGAAAAACAUGGCUGUACUACCUCCAGAUCCCGUUUUUACCCUAAGAUGUGCCGAAAUGGGACCCGUCAAUUCGCUGUGCUUCCAUCGAAACGAACGUCUGCUGGCUGGCACCACGAAAGGCAAAAUCUUUCUAUGGGACCUCUCGACAAACCGUUCCAGUUUACAUUUCGAGCUGGGUCAUCAGGAACCGAUCACUGCCCUACACCAUACCGACGAUGAACUGUUGAUAUCGCAGGAGAAGGGUGGCACCAUCACCCUAUGGCAAAUGACCAAUACCGGUUAUAAACGUCACAUAGUUAUACCUGCAAACUACACCGGCUAUUGUCGUUCGGUUUUAUUCAACAAUGCCAAUAAUCAGGAUGAUCCCUUGCUAUUCUAUCCAUGUGAUGAAAACACAAUUGGGGUAUUGCACACAAGUGACCCAGAGAAUUCAGUGCAAAUGUUAGUACCUGAUGAUGCCCAAUUGCUGGCGCAUAAAUUGGGUACCUUGAAUUGUUUGAAACCCUUCGAACAUGCCUCGCAGAUAUUUUGUCUGGCCGGCUAUGAAAGUGGGCAUUUCUUAACGUGGGACCUGAGUUCGGGUGUUGUUGUGGAUGUUGCCCAAAUUGAUGCGGAUCCAAUGGCAGUGGAUUAUGAUCCUCCUACAAAUAGGGGGGUUGUGGGAGGACCUGGUGACAAAGUAACCACGUUUUCAUAUCAAAGACAAUCAAUGAGAUUUCAACGUUCCUCAGAUAUUGCCCUCAAAAAUCCCGGGCUAAAUUGCUUAAAAAUACGCAAUGAUCAAAAAGUAUUCUCUGCCGGUGGUUGGGAUGGUCGAGUCAGAAUAUUCUCCUGGAAGAGUCUAAGACCUCUAGCCGUGUUGACCGAACACAAAUCAGGGGCCAUAAUGGACAUAGCCUAUUCGACUGGUCCAGUGGCCAUGUGGAGGGCUCCCAUUAUGGCCGUUGCCGGCAUGGAUAGUCAGAUUUCUUUAUGGAAUAUAUACAAUUGAAUUAUUUUGACCUUAUAGUGUCAUUAAAAAAAUCGUAGACAUCUAAUCGAUAAUAUUUUACCUCAUUUUUAAUUAAUUUUUACAAUACAUAAAUAUAGAAUAUAUGUAGUUUUUUCUGGUUUGUAACCUAGCUUUUUAUGUUGCACAAAUAAUUGAGAAAAACAACAAAAACUAUACUCUAUGUUUGUAAUUUAUAUCCUAAGGAUUUGUAUAUUUAUAAGUCGAAUGCAAAUAAUUGUAUUUUUUAUUAAAAAAAACAGAAUAAAACUGCUUGUUUUUUUCCUUUGGCGAAGUAAUUUCGAUGUAUGGCUUAUGUUAUUAAUAGAGUCAGCCAGAGCCAAAUUUGUAUUGAAACGGGGAGUUUGGCGUACCAUGGUUUGUAAAUAUAGGUCUAGGUCCUAAAUUCCAUUUUACCCGUAAUAAAAACAUUAAAUAUUUUUUCCUGA